AUGAUUGAGUAAGAGGAUGAUAAAUGUCAUCAAAUAGUAAAUGAAAAAGUGGAAUAAAAGAAUCCAACCCCAGAUCAAUAGGAAAUUGAAGACAAAGGAUCUGUCAAUGUAUCUAUCAAUGAGGACAUAAGUCCAGCCAUGCUGAAAUUAAAAUCGAGUUUAAGUCCAAGUCCUGGUAGAUACCGCUCUGGUAAAAUACUUGAUUUUUUAGAAAAGAAAUUAAGUCAUGCCAAAUUGAGUCAAAAAGAAUUACAUAAUGGAUACAGCAAAGAAUACAGUAGAAAAUAUAAUACCAAUCAACCAUUAUAAAUUAGUGUAGAUUUUGGAGAACAAGAAGAUGUCUCACUUAAAAACAAAAUUGAACUAGAAAUCAACAAUCAUAACUUCUUUAAAUAAACUAAAUUCAUAUCUUGA